UAAUGAUACGCCGCAUAUGUUUUAUUAUUUUGUUUGCUUAGCUGGUGUUUGCCUUGUUUGUCAGCCCUUAUCGUAUAAUUGUUUUAUUUUGAUCAUAUCAAUAUUUUUAUUUAGUGAAUAUCGUAGUGGUUGUAAAUGAAAUUAAACAACAGCUUGCGCACGCGCACUUCCACUUUGUUCUACUUGGCAGCCACAGCGUCGCUGCUCGCCAAGGUUGGCCAGGCCGUCAACCACGCCAACUUUAAAACAUGCGAACAGUCAGCUUUUGCCCGGCGCCACCGUUUAUUUGCAGACACUAUGGCCAAGAAAGCGGCAGAGCCCAACAACAAAAAUGCAAAGAGCAGCAGCAGCAGCGCUGAUGGCUCCACUCAUUCAGCUAGCUCGCCCUACUCGGUCAUCGACAGCAGUGUGCACUUGGACGGCCAUACGGUGACGGCCUCGGUACAGCAUGAGCAAGCGCAGGUACCGCUUCACUUUGAAAUUGCAUUUCUGAAGAGCGGGACGGUGCGCAUUUGCGUUCAGGAGGUUGAUCCACUGGUGCCUAGAUACAACGAGGCGCACAAGCACAUACUGCGAGACAAGGGGUCGUCACUGCCGUACGCAUCGCCUGAAGACAUAAAGAUGGCCACGGAGGCAGUCAAUGGCUUGGUCACACAUACAGUAAGCUACGUCAAUGGCAGCUCGGCGUUCAGCGUUCGUAUGACAGAGAACCCGUGGACGCUCGAGUAUUUGGUAAACGGUAAGCCAACAAUGCAGCUCAAUACCAGCGGCCUCUUUCAUUUUGAGCAUUUGCGCCAAAGACCCGCAGACGGCAACCUUGAUGACGUUGACGGCGGCUGGGAAGAGACGUUCAAUAACUGGACCGAUCACAAGCGCCGCGGACCUGAAUCGUUCGGCCUGGACAUCAAUUUCUACGGAUUCGAGCAUGUCUACGGAAUUCCCGAGCACACAUCGCCGCUAUCGCUCAAGGACACGCGUGGUGGCGGCGAGGGUGCGUACAACCAGCCGUACCGCAUCUACAACCUGGACGUAUUCAAUUACCAGCUCGACAGCCCAAUGGCCAUCUACGGGUCACUGCCCUUUAUGCUUGCGCACAAUGCCGAGGCAACAGUCGGCGUCUUCUGGGUCAACUCAUCCGAGACGUGGGUUGAUGUGACGCGCAAACUAAACCGCGGCGGCUCCAAUCAACAGUCGGUCGUCAACACGCAUUGGUUCAGCGAGUCCGGCACCAUGGACGUUUUUCUGCUUCCCGGCCCAAGCACUGCCGACGUGUAUCGCCAGUACUUGGAGAUUUCAGAGCAGACGCCAAUGCCACGCGAGUUUGCUCUUGGUUACCACCAGUGCCGCUGGAACUACGAGGACCAGGAGGAUGUGCUGGCCGUCAGCGCCAAGUUCCGCGAGCACAGCAUUCCGUACGAUGUCAUUUGGCUUGAUGUCGAGUACACCGUCGGCAAGCGCUACUUUACCUGGGACUAUGACAAGUUUCCAAAUCCAUUGGACAUGCAACAGGAGCUUGCGCGCAACGGCCACAAGCUGGUAACCAUCAGUGAUCCGCACAUCAUGGUUGACAAUGAUUACCACAUCUGGAAGGAAGGCAAUGAGAACGGCUACUUUAUCAAGAACAUUGGUGGAUUAGGCAACUACGAAGCCAGCUGUUGGCCCGGAGUAUCGAGCUGGGUGGACUUUUUAGACCCUGCAGCGUCCAAGUGGAUGGGUGCGCAGUACGGGCUUGACAAGUUUCCCGAGUCGACUACAGACAUGUUUGUGUGGAACGACAUGAACGAACCUGCAGUUUUUGACGGGCCCGAGCAUACGAUGGACAAGGCGCUCAUCCAGCAUGGCGGCUGGGAGCACCGCGAUGUGCACAAUCUGUACGGCAUGAUGCAGCAAAGAUCAACGUUUGAAGGUCUGCUAGCCCGCGAGCCCAUAGCCAUGCGCCCGUUUCUGCUUUCGCGCUCCUUCUAUGCUGGCUCGCAGCGCUAUGGUGCCAUUUGGACUGGCGACAACACAGCCAGCUGGGGGUAUCUGCGCGCCUCAAUCCCAAUGCUCUUGGGCAAUAACAUUGCCGGCAUGCAUUUUUCAGGCGCUGACGUCGGCGGAUUUUUUGGAAACCCGGAUCCUGAGCUGCUGACACGCUGGUUCCAGCUGGGGGCGUGGUAUCCAUUUUUCCGUGGCCACGCGCACUUCAACACGGAGCGUCGCGAGCCCUGGAUUUUUGGCGAGCCCUAUGUAUCGUACAUCCGAAACGCAAUCCGCGAGCGCUACCGCCUGCUUCCACACUGGUACACGCUGUUCCGCGAGACCAGCUUGACUGGAAUGCCGCUGAUUCGCCCAAUGUGGAUGAAUUUCCCCGCCGAGCCAGACCUUUUUGCCGAGCAGGACACGUUUAUGGUUGGUUCGUCAAUCAUGGUGGCCGCCAUCACUAGGCCUGACACCAGCAUUCCUGUGGACGUGCUGUUCCCCGGCGAAGAGCCCUGGUACGAUAUGCACACCCACGUGGCGUACCCUGCUCAGCUUGCAACGCAGUUUGUAGUCGACCUGGCAAAUACUCUAGUCUUUGCACGUGGUGGGUCCAUCAUCCCGACACGUGAGCAGCAGCGCCAGUCAUCAGCAUAUAUGAAGAGAGAUCCAUUUACUUUGUAUGUCUAUGUCGACCAAGCAGGCUUUGCUGCCGGCAAGCUGUACAUUGAUGACGGCGAAACAUACGAUUACCAGAGCGGAGCUUUCAUUGAGCGUGAGCUGACAUUUUUGGGCUCCAAGCUUGUAUCUCGUGCAUCGCCACUCACCAAAAAUACAUCUGCAUAUCAGACUUUUGUGCAAAGAAUGUCUGGCAUAAACGUUGAGCGCAUAGUGGUUGUCGGACUGGCCGUAGCUCAUAAUGUAACUGAGGCGGUUGUUGUUGAGAACAAAACAACUCGCACGGUCAAUGUAAGCCAUAGCCACAGCAGUAAAAUAGUUGCCGCUGACACGAUUUCUAACAACUCGCCAUGUAUUGUCAUUUGCAACCCGGCUGUGUUUAUUGGUGAUGAUUGGGAGAUUUCAUUCUGACGCCAUUUUAGCAGGCAGAGUAUAAUUUAAAGUAAAAUACUAUGUGAAAGCAUAAGCAUACUAAAUAUAAUAUAAAUACUGAGCCGAUGAAAUGGAG